CGUUGUGCACCCGAUAAAGAUCAUUUUACUUCAGCACUUCACUGUGUGUUGGAUUUCGUUCUGCUGGUUGGGUCAAUUGGGCUUCGUGGAAGUUGAUUGCUCCCGGUAGAGUACUCUGUCCCGGUUGCGGAGUCACUGAGCCUGCGUGAGAGUCUUAGAUUGUGGUUGUAGCGGGGCAGGUUGGGGGAGGGGGAUUGACGAUUAUUAUUUUUAUUUUUUUCCCAGUUUGAGUUGAGGUUAAAUGCAAGACGCAUGGACCACACGGCCAUAUUCUAGGAGGUUGUAAGUUCACGUGUUCACGGUUCAAGGAGAGGAGCUACCACUUGAGGAAUCGGAACAGCGACAGAAGCAUGAUAGCUGCAAUGGACAUCGCCAGCAGUUGCUGCUCUAUGUCUCGUACCUCGGCCAUAGCGCCGUCUUCUAGCCUCACGCAACAGCUUGCUCGUCAUUCUUUUCGGACAAAUCUGCGACUGCAGCAAGUGGGCACAUGGCACGCACCUCAGCGAGGCCUUAUACAAAUCACCAACAUUGGAUGGGACCCUGAAGGAAUACUAGGAGCUCCUGUUCCUCACCAUAUUGCUCGAAGGGAAUUCGCCAAGAAAGUAGCCGAAGAUGCGGAAUACAAAGAAAAGGUUGAGAGGCAGUUGCAAGCGGAGAAGGAGGCUCGCAGGCUAGCUCGAGAGGCAAGGGUAGUACCAGAAUCACACAAGGAUUUGUUAGAAUAUUUUCUCACAACUGAAGGACCGGAAAUGGAGUACGAGGUUGCACGCUGUCGCACUCGGUUGACACCAGAAUUCUUCUCAUUUUUGAAGUCGGAGAUUGGGAGUUUAAGAUUUGCUGUAAACAAGACAGUGGAGGUGGAGGACAGAAUUGGUGAGCUGGAGGUUCUGCAGAGUGUUUUGCAAGAAGGCGUCGAAGCGUAUGACAAACUGGCAACUGAUCUUACUGGAGCUAGGGAACGGUUGUCUCGCAUACUCACCGCGAAGGACAAGCGCGCAACGUUGCUGGAGAUGGCAGGAGAGAAUCAGUUAGACCGAUCUCUUCUAGCCCUUUUGGAUGAGAAUAUUGCCACAGCCUCAAAAGCAAAUGAGGUUCAAGCCGCACAAUUCAUGGAAAAGAUUCGUGGCGCUGUUGUGAAGUACAUCACUAUUUAGUUCUAGGAUGAUCCAGAAGCUGAGAAUUGUAUCCGCCCCAAACCAAAGAAUUUUUUAUUGAAUGCAGGGGCGCAAGAGAGUGAUCGAUGUGUCGUGAUAACUUUCAGUAAUUUAGUGGGUGUGAAAGCAGAAGUUAUAGCUAAGAGACGGGGUUGCUUGCAUUUCUACUAUUUGAGAAAUUAGUUUUGCUAGAAACUUUUCAGGACCUCAGGUUGAUUUUGAGGGGCUCCUACGUGAUUAUCAUACUUUCCGGCUGUCCUGGGUUCAGUUGAACAGAAUCCUCUUGAGGGAAUAUUUGUGAACCUUAUGAUGUCAAAUUGCUACUUGCACAAUGUGAGGUUUUCGCACGACUAUGCUGCUGCAGUGGUGAAAAUACCUCUUCACUAGUGAA